CCGCGAUGCCGCGAUGGAGCGCAGCCCGGGUGGGCGCCGGAGCUGUGGCCCGAGCGCCAGGCGGAGCGCGAGCCGGGUCCGCAGCCGGAACCCGGGCCAGACCGGGGCUCGGGACCGCAGGGCCGGGCUGCUCGUAGCGGCGGCGACAGAGCCCCCCAGUGGGUGAGGGGCUUCCUCCCUGCUCCCGCCGGCGGCCAGGACGAGAAGCCCCGCAGCCGGGGAGCGCAGGGUCCCCCCACCUCAUCCGGGAUCCAGCCAGCCCCAGGAAAGCGGGGAGGGGGCGCUGAUCCAACACCGAGCGUCUCCCCCGCGGGGAUCGCCGGAGACUCCCGUGAGCCGAGGACGGCGACCUCCCCACGGUGCCGCGAAGACUCCCUCUUCUGUCUGCCCCCCGAGGCCCCGAACGCCGUGCCCCCUCCCGAGAUCCCAGUCUUUACAACUCCACACCUCAAGACACGGAGACCCAGCUCCGAACGCCCCUAAAUCAGGGGACCCGGCCCCCCAACUCGGGUACACAGAAACCCCAAAUCCGGACCCGAGGACACCAAGAGAUAGUUCUCACCAGCAAGAAGCCUCCACGACCCCCUUUAAAGACCUGGGCCACAGAGCCACUCGCACCUCAGCCCAUGAUUGUGGCGCCCUGAGCCCCCCGGGCAGGGCGGACGAAGACCGAGACGGCGCCCAGGCCCCCUGCCGCGGCGUCCCCGCGGCCCCAGCCCAGGUAAGCCUGGGCCAGGUGAAGGUCGGCAGGGAGAAGAUGAGUGUGGGCUGCCCAGAGCCCGAGCCACCCCACUCCCUGCCCUGCUGUGGGCUGGGGACCGCCCCUGGGCCAGGCACGGGUGUGCCCCUCCUCACAGAAGACAUGCAGGCCCUGACCCUCCGCACCCUGGCUGCCAGCGACGUCACCAAGCACUACGAACUCGUCAGGGAACUGGGCAAGGGCACCUACGGGAAGGUUGACCUGGUGUCCUACAAGGGCACAGGCACAAAAAUGGCGCUGAAGUUCGUAAACAAGAGUAAAACAAAGCUGAAGAACUUCCUGCGGGAAGUGAGCAUCACCAACAGCCUCUCGUCCAGCCCCUUCAUCAUCAAGAUCUUCGAUGUGGUCUUCGAGACAGAGGACUGCUACGUCUUUGCCCAGGAGUAUGCACCCGCCGGAGACCUGUUUGACAUCAUCCCUCCCCAGGUGGGGCUCCCCGAGGACACGGUGAAGCGCUGCGUGCAGCAGCUGGGCCUGGCGCUGGACUUCAUGCACGGCCGGCAGCUGGUGCACCGCGACAUCAAGCCCGAGAACGUGCUGCUCUUCGACCGCGAGUGCCGCCGCGUGAAGCUGGCCGACUUCGGCAUGACGCGCCGCGUGGGCUGCCGCGUGAAGCGCGUGAGCGGCACCAUCCCUUACACGGCGCCCGAGGUGUGCCAGCCUGGCCGCGCGGACGGCUUCGCGGUGGACACGGGCGUGGACGUGUGGGCCUUCGGCGUGCUCAUCUUCUGCGUGCUCACGGGCAAUUUCCCCUGGGAGGCGGCGUCGGGAGCCGACGCGUUCUUCGAGGAGUUCGUGCGCUGGCAGCGGGGCCGCCUGCCCGGGCUGCCCUCGCAGUGGCGCCGCUUCACUGAGCCCGCGCUGCGCAUGUUCCAGCGCCUCCUGGCGCUGGAGCCCGAGCGCCGUGGCCCGGCCAAGGAGGUCUUCCGCUUCCUGAAGCACGAGCUCACGUCCGAGCUGCGGCGCCGGCCCUCGCAGCGCGCGCGCAAACCGCCCGGGGACCGCCUGCCCGCCGGGCCACUGCGCCUCGAGGCUCCCGCACCGCUCAAGCGCACGGUGCUCACCGAGAGCGGAGGCGGCCCGCGGGCCGUGCCCCCUGCCAUCGGCCCGGUGCCCGUGCCCGUGCCGGUUCCGGUGCCCGAGGCCGGCCUGGCGCCUCCGGGUCCCCCCGGCAGGACCGACGGCCGCCCGGACAAGAGCAAAGGGCAGGUGGUGCUGGCCACGGCCAUCGAGAUCUGCGUCUGAGCCGCCCCCCGCCCCGCCCUCAGGCCGGCCGCUGUGGCAGCCCUGGGCCCGCGCCGAGCCGGUCGCCCGGUUCGGGAGCUCGCGCAGCCUCAGCGGCUGCGCCCGCUGGUGGGAGACAGUAGCGUAGACUAGGAGGCCGCGCCCGGGCUUGGCCCGUCAUCCCUGCGGGGACAGCCACCCGGGGGCCAGCGUGGCCAGGAGGGCGGGCGGUGGCACGAAGAGCCCAGCCCCGCAAACCCGAGGAUUCAGAGGCACCCCGACACGGCAGCCAGGGAGCUUGCAGGCCAGACUCCCCCCUCCUGCCGGGAACCCCCCAGUCCAUCCUGGCUUUUCCCACCCCCUGCGGGUGGCCCUUCUGCCCCCCCCCUCUGUCCCCACCCCAUUCUGGCCACAGAAGUGGCCCGAGGCCCCUGGGCACUGGCUGGGAGGAAGGCAGCUGUGCCCUGAGCCUACUGGCGGAGUCUGGAGGGAGAGGCCAAGCCCCUGGAAAAUGCAGUUCUGGAGGUCGCGGAAGUGUGUGUGCAGGCGGGGGCUGCGAGAAUCCAGUGCGCCCCACCCCACUUGGCUGGUGAAAGCCCAGGAGGGAAGGCUGCUGGUCAGGGGCACGAGGCCAUUGGGCCCCUCCCACCCCCUCCCGGCUCCCCGACCCCCAACAAGGACUCCGGGGGACAGAAGGGCUCCAGAGCAAGCGUCUCAGCUGCCCCUGCAUCUCUAGAGCAAGGGACCAAGUGUGGAGCUGAAGGUGGGCAGUGGAGCCUCCCCAGGACCCUCCCAGUCCUCGCUGCCCCAGCCCAGAUCCUGGGCCUGGAUGCCCGCAGACAGCGACAUGACUGCCAGUCAUUUCUCCUGGGUUCUGUUGGGGUCAGCAUGUCAGCUUCCAGGGGUCCCGCCUUCUCAGUUUCUGUUCCUGGAGGAUUCGGGGGCAGGGGGCAUCUAGGGAUUGAAAGGGCGGGGCUGAAAUUGAGUGGGAACCACUCCACGCGGAGGACAGACGCGUGGGUGCAGCCUCCUGCAGAUGAAUGCACAUCCAGACACCUCCCAGCCCCGCCAAGGUCCCCCGCCAGGCAGCUGUCACCACACCCCUCAGGGAACCCACGAGGAGGCACCUGCAGGUAGGUGCAGGCCCCAGGCAGCAAAGCUGAGAGAGAGGAAGCAGCCUCACACCCUGCCCUCUCCGUGGAGGCCUGGGACCCCCGCAAUGACCUCAUCGUGGGUGAGGCCGCACCCUCUGCCUGCCAGCGCCCCACCUACUGGCCUGGGCUGCCUCUCGGGGUCCCUCCUGAGGCUCUGGGGCAUCUGAGGGGGCUCCUGAUGGGCUGGCCAGGCUGCCUCCAGGGGCCGUCGACCACCGUCCAGCCUGGAGCUCCAACCUCCCUCCUUCCCACCGCAAAAGGGCUAUAGGUCUCCCUGCCCUGCCCGGGUCCAGUUUACAAACAGCGUACAGUUGCCCAGGGCCUGGCCCCACUCCUCAGUGUGCCCUCUCCUCAAGACCCCGCUUCCCCAGUGGGCAUGGGGCCCACAUGCCAGGUAAGUAGCAAACCCCCUUCUGCCAAGAGCGGACUCUCAGAAAGGCCCUGUCACUGCCCGGCUUGCUCGGGGCCUUCUGGUCUCUCCCAGCCCAAGUUCUUUUGCCUUAGGCCUCUCGACAUCCUGAUCUCUUGCAAUAACAAGGAAGCGAGACUCCACAGUAGAUGUCCCUCUUGUGCGCCCCCCUCUCUUUCUCUGUUGAGAGCCUGUUUGGGAGUUUGCUCCCUGUCUCAGUAUCUAGGCUGUUAGAGCUGGGAAAGGACAGUAGUGAUGUAGCCCAGCCCCCUCCUCAGAGCUGGAGACCAGCCUGACCCCUGCGGCCCUGGCCUGGGCAGGGCUCAGCUCCUGCCCUUACCUGCCGUGGUCAGUGUCUAUUGGUCGGCUUGGCAUCGUUAGCCCCUUAGGAGAGGUGUCGGUCAUGAUGUUUACCUCAGUUUAUGUCACUGUCAAAGAAACAAAAAAAUAGCAAAAAAUUAACACUGUAGACAUGGAGAUUUAGAGACAAAAGAAAAGACUCCCCCUUGCAACUCCUCUGUGAAGGUACAGUGUGUACGUGUGUGUGCACACGUGUGUGUGUGUCUCUGUCCCACCCUGGGGCAGGCCAGGUCAUGCCUGACCUCUCCCUGUCCUGAGGUCCCCCACAGUUCCAUGUCCUUCGGUGCUUCCCAGAGGCCCCACUGAGCUGGCCUGUGGGGUGGAGGAGCCCCCUGGAUGGGAGGUGGGGCCAAAGGUGAUCAGCCAGUGGGCCUCCGCCAGGCCCUCAGCAGAGCCCGAGGCUGCCUGGUGCUCGCUGAGCCAGGCGGUCCUGGUAGCUGGCAUCACUGCUCAUGACUGGCUCAGGGCCUGGGGCAGGUCCUGGGUGCAGCCCCAGUCCCCAGACUUUCAUGUCUCACCUCCCACCCACACCUCAUGUGUUUGUAAAUACUCUGGCAUCCUUUGGCCCUGAGAAGGUUUUUAAAUGUGUUAUUUACUUCUCUCACCAUGACAAUUGCUAUAAAAUAAAAGUUUGGAAAAAUUA